AUGUUCAUUUUAUUACUUGCAGCUGAUUUCUGGAACGUCAAAAAUAUUAGUGGUAGAUUAUUAGUUGGUCUACGUUGGUGGAAUGAAACAGAUGAUAAUGGUGCUAGUAUAUGGGUUUUUGAAACCUCUGAUCCAAAUAGAUACAUAAAUCCAAUUGACUCAAAAGUAUUUUGGAUUUUAUUGUAUGCUUCUCCAGCAUUAUGGGUUGCCUUGGCUGUAUUAGCAGUUUUAAAGUUUGAAUUUUUAUCAUUAAUUCUUGUGAUUAUAGCUAUUGCUUUAACUUUGACUAAUGCUUUUGCAUUCACAAAAUGUGAUAAAUUCGGUAAAGCUAAUAGUAUCGCUUCAGAUGUGUUUGGCCGUGUUUCUGGAGGUAUCUUGGGUAGAUUUACACCAUCAUUUUUAUCAUAA